AUGGCUAAAGUAGUCCGGACAAGUACGUUCUCAGUGUGCGGGACUACAGGAUACAUGGCGCCUGAAGUAUUGUCCAGAAUUGGGCAUGGCAAGUGUGUGGAUUGGUGGGCGUUGGGCAUCCUGAUCUUCGAAAUGCUCGCGUUCGACACUCCCUUCAGGGGGCGCACCUCGAGAGAGACUCACAGGAAUGUGCUCAGUCGCGAUCCGCGGUGCCCCCCGUACUUUGGCAGCGUGACCAAGGGCCUCAUCUACCUACUCCUGAUCAAAGAGCAGACGCUGCGCCUGGGCAGCGGCGCUGACGGCAGCGAGCGCGUCCGGAGCCACCCGUGGUUCUCCACCGUGGAUUGGGACGACCUCCUCCAGCGAAGGUGCACCUCGCCCUUCCUGCCGGGCGUGCGCGGCAGCAGCGGGCCCCGCCUGCGCGGCCGCCCCCGCGAGGGGGGGGCCGACGACCGCGCCGAGGGCGGCCUUUCCGAGGCGCAGCGGCAGCUGUCCGGGGGCUUCUGA